UGGUCGUUUAGUUUUAUGUUGAGCCCUUUUAUCAUCAUCAUAUUAAGUGCAGCUAGGAAUGCCUAUUUUUAUACAGUCAUAGAAAUUGCCUACUUAAACUUCUUGGACCAAAACAUGGUAUCUGUUCGAAGAUGGUUGUUCGUGUUCGGAGCGUUCUUGGCGUUGUUGGCAGCCGUAAAUUGCUGGACGUCCAAGAAUCGCUCUGUUCUACAGACCAACACUCAAACACUGGACUUUUUUGCACCGUCUAAUACUGGCCGUGGUCAAAGUGCUAUUAAACUCGGCGUGCUCAAAAAUCGACUAAAAGAACCCGUGCUAAUAUCUACCACCCAAGUGCCGACUACGACGAGUACGGAACGGUUCCGUCGGCAACCACAGACAGUGCCUAGAAUAAUGUCCAGACGGCAACAUCAAAACCUCACCGUUGGGUUGGUACUACCCUACAAGUCGUUCGACACGCGAAUCUAUACGAAAGAGUUUUCGGCUGCUAUACACGGUUUGCAAAGGAUAUUUUCUAAAUCAAGGAAAAUCAACAUAUUCAAGUCGUAUGACAUACAUCAUAUUAUUGCUAUGAAACAAUUGACGCCCACCCCAACAGCUAUACUAGACUCACUAUGUAAGGAUUUCCUAACCAUGAAUGUUUCGGCAAUAUUAUACUUAAUGAACUACGAAAAAUACGGCAGGAGUACAGCGUCAGCUCAAUAUUUUUUACAGUUGGCUGGGUAUUUGGGUAUACCAGUGAUAGCUUGGAAUGCUGACAAUUCGGGACUGGAAAGAAGAGCUUCGAGGUCUAGUCUACAAUUGCAGUUAGCUCCAUCACUGGAACAUCAAACGGCAGCCAUGUUAAGCAUAUUAGAGAGAUACAAGUGGCAUCAGUUCUCUGUGGUAACAUCACAAAUUGCAGGACAUGACGACUUCAUUCAAGCUGUCAGAGAACGUGUGGCUGACAUGCAAGACAGAUUUAAGUUCACAAUAUUAAAUAAUGUGUUGGUAACCAAAAGUCAGGAUUUAUUGGAAUUGGUCAAUUCGGAAUCACGAGUUAUGCUACUUUACUGUACCAGAGAAGAAGCUCUUAGAAUACUCACAGCAGCCAGACAUUACAAAAUAACAGGAGAAAAUUACGUUUGGGUAGUUACACAAAGUGUCAUGGAAAAUUUACAAGCACCCCAACUGUUCCCCGUCGGUAUGCUGGGAGUUCACUUUGACACCAGCAGCGAAAGUCUAGUUAAAGAAAUCAAUACAGCAAUUAGAGUAUUUGCAUAUGGAGUAGAAGAUUUUGUCAGUGAUCCUGACAAUGUAAAUGAAACAUUAUCAACACAAUUAUCAUGUGAAGGUGAUGGAGAAUCUCGUUGGACGACUGGUGACAAAUUUUAUAAAUACUUGAGAAAUGUUAGUGUUGAGAAUAUUGAACCAGCAAAACCAAAGAUAGAAUUUACAGCAGAUGGUGUUUUAAAGUCUGCAGAGCUGAAAAUCAUGAAUCUUAGACCUGGUCUUGGGAAUUCUCUCGUUUGGGAAGAGAUUGGAGUCUGGAAAUCUUGGGAACGAGAAGGGCUAUACAUUAAAGACAUUGUUUGGCCUGGUGACAGUCAUACUCCACCUCAAGGAGUGCCAGAAAAGUUUCAUUUGAAGAUAACAUUUCUUGAAGAAGCUCCUUAUAUUACUAUGGCACCUUCAGAUCCAAUUACUGGAAAAUGUAGUAUGAACAGAGGAGUUAUAUGUCGAAUCGCACGCGAAGAAGAUAUGGAAGAGGUAGAUAUUCCAAUAGCACAUCGCAACGGAAGUUAUUUCCAGUGCUGUUCAGGUUUCUGUAUUGAUUUGUUGGAAAAAUUUGCAGAAGAUUUGGGUUUCACAUAUGAGCUCGUUCGUGUUGAGGAUGGUAAAUGGGGAACGCUAGAGAAUGGCAAAUGGAAUGGUUUAAUUUCGGACCUAGUAAAUAGAAAAACUGAUAUGGUAAUGACUUCUUUGAUGAUUAACUCGGAUCGUGAAGCUGUGGUCGAUUUUAGUCUUCCAUUCAUGGAAACAGGAAUAUCUAUAGCCGUCACUAAACGUACGGGUAUCAUUUCACCAACCGCAUUUUUAGAACCUUUCGACACUGCAUCAUGGAUGAUGGUAGGAGUAGUAGCAAUCCAAGCAGCGACAUUUUCUAUAUUUGCAUUUGAAUGGAUGAGUCCUUCUGGAUUUGAUAUGAAGUCAGUAUCGCAAGCACCAAAUCACCGAUUUUCUCUGUUCAGAACAUACUGGCUAAUAUGGGCUGUACUCUUCCAAGCAGCAGUUCAAGUUGAUAUACCUAAGGGAAUUACUUCCAGAUUCAUGACCAAUAUAUGGGCUAUGUUCGCUGUUGUGUUUUUGGCCAUAUACACUGCUAACUUGGCAGCUUUCAUGAUAACUAGAGAAGAGUAUUAUGAUUUUCUUGGAAUUGAUGAUUACAGGCUCAGUAAACCUCAUAGUCACAAACCUAUGUUUAAAUUUGGAACGGUACCACAUUCACACAUUGACUCAACUAUUCAUAGAUAUUUUCCCGAGAUGUUCAAUUACAUGAAGAACUUUAACAGAUCAACAGUUCAAGAUGGACUUAAUUCUUUAUUGACUGGUGAAUUAGAUGCAUUUAUCUAUGACGGCACUGUAUUAGACUAUUUAGUAACUCAAGACGAUGACUGUAGACUAUUAACCGUAGGAUCCUGGUACGCUAAAACUGGUUAUGCAAUAGCAUUCCAGAGAAACUCAAAAUAUGUUCAAAUGUUUAACAAACGUUUGUUGGACUUCCGUGAAAAUGGUGAUUUGGAAAGAUUGCAAAGAUUUUGGAUGACCGGAACUUGUAAACCAGAUGAUCACGAUGAGCAUGCUACUAGUGACCCUUUGGCUUUAGAACAGUUUUUAUCAGCUUUUUUGUUGUUGAUGGGUGGUACAUUAUUAGCAGCAUUGAUAUUACUAUUGGAGUGUUUGUAUUUUAAUUUUUUCCGGAAGAAACUAGCGAAAACAGAUCAAGGAGGUUGUUGUGCUCUUAUAAGUUUGAGCAUGGGAAAGUCUUUAACGUUCCGAGGUGCCGUGUACGAAGCCCAAGAUUUUUUGAAGUUUCGUCGUUGUAAAGAUGCUGUAUGUGAUUCACAAUAUCAACUUCUCAGGAGCCAACUAAUGAGUACAUAUUCAAAAAUGAAACAAUUAGAAAAAGAAUUAGAGCUGAGAAAGUUAAAAACUGAAAGAAGGAGGAAGAGAUCGGCAUCUUCUUCUAGGUUAUUUCAGUGUUUGACUGAAGGUCAAGAUAAAAAUCCGGAUAAAAAACAAUUCCAAUUUUCACCAGCGUCACCAUUAAGACAAAGAGACGUCGUGAGACCAAGUAUUGUUUCGACAGAGUAUAUAAAUAGAUUUGAUCAUGAGCCAGUCAGAAAUCGCAGAAAUGGAGACAGUUCUGUGAUUUUAUUUGAUGUAUAGACUCAACUAAACGACAAAUUAUAUCAUCAAAAGCAAAAUAUUUUAGUUUGUAAAUGUGGAGUUUAUAAUUAUACAAUUUAGGAUAAACAAUUAAAAUAAUGUUAUUAUUAUGAACAUUUUUAUUUUUUUGUCAUUUUUAAUAUUUGUUUGCAUUGCCAUAAAAUGCGGACGGAGAGGAAAAGAAACUGAAAAAAAUUAAACCAUGCUCAAUACUAAUAUAUUAAUAUUUAUAAUUGACUUUGUUUGAGCUAUAAUAAGGACAAUAACGCAUUUUUUUAAAAUAAACAAUUAUUAUUUUUACUAGAUAUUCUUCUCUUGUCUUUUUAAGUCAUAGUUAAACUCAAAAAUAAAAACAAAUUUUCACAAACCAUUUUUUUUUUUUUUGUUUAUAGUUAAAAUAAAAUGAAUAAAAAUUUUAAUCUUGCUCGGCUUUUAAAGUAUUGUAUUUAUACAUUUGUUGAUUAAAACUAAGAUAAUAAAUACAUUUUACAAAUUAAUAAACAUUAUACCUAUUAUCAUCGGUUUGCUCAAAAAGAAUAUCACUUAUAUGUGAUAAUCAGAUUUUAGCUAUCUGAAAAUGUUAUUAAAUUUGUUUUUAAAUUGUAUAUAUAUAUAGAAAAUGAUUAUUGUGUAAAGAGUUCAAUAUUAUGUGCGUUAUUAUAGAAGCUUACUAAUUAUAAGCACUAAUUAUUCAAGUUAAAAUAUUAAAACUAUAAUAAGUUUAUAAAAGUACCACAUAAAAUUUUUAUCGAAUUAGAUAAAGCCCAGAAGCCCAAGGGCUAACAUUAACUGAGAAUUCUGAAUCGUAGGCGUUCUUUAAACCUUAAAUUUUAUGUUGCGCUUUGACGAAAGAGGUCCCUAAAUUUUUAAACUUGGAGGCUGUCAUUCUACAUGAUCGUUUAUCUUAUUUGGGCUUGAAUCAGAUGAACGUAUCAACUGAAAAAAUGUAUAAUUUUCCUAAAGGUAUCAUUGUCAUUUAAAAUAGAAUGUAAUAAUAAAAAGAAACACAGUUCCAACGUAAUUUUUUUCAUUAAUGCGUUACUUUAUAUAACAAACUAAAGAAAUAUAAAAAAUAGUGUACUUUCAUAUAAUAUUUUACAAAGUAUAAUAAAUUUUAAUUGUCAGUUUGACAGAUUUUUCACCAAUGUAAUUAUUUAAGAGAAUUUUUAUUUAAAUUUGCUCGAAAAGUAUAAUUACCAAUAGAUGUUUGUUGAUUAGUUAAUAAAAUUGCAUUAUUGUUAUUAAAUGUUUAUAUUGUUAUUAUGCCGUGCAUGUAAAUAUACAGUAAAGUAUUAUUAUGUAAUAAAAACAAUAUUGUUUUGUUAAAAUCAUUUAAUAUUAUUAGUAAAUUAAAAUUUGUAUUAAUAUUUUUUUGAGGAUUUUAUUUUAAUAGUUCUAUAAUAUAUUUUAAUUAAAAAAAAUUUUGUUCACGUUAAUUUUACUUUAAUUUAUAAUUUGUAUUAUAAUUUAUUAUACCAACGAUUCUAAAAAAUGCUAUGAAAAUAUGCUAAUGCUAAAUUUUUUGUUAAUGUUAUUAAGUUGAAUAGGUCAAAAAUAUUGAAAUUUGAUGUCUCAUGUAUGUAUAUUUUAUGUAAUUUUUAUUAAACAGUUUUUAAGAAAUUUUACAUGCAACAAUGUUGUAAAUUUACAAUUGAAAGGCAAUAAGUGAUAAUAUUGGCGAUCGAACAAAAUUUUGUAUCAUUCUAUGAAUGUUAUACAUAAUUUUGUAAAUUGCGCCCAAUAAGCUGUAAAAUUUAAUUAAUGUAAUUUCAAUAAUACUUUCAAAAUGACACUUUUUUAUAUAACUUCUGCCCUAAAUUGAAUUUAUGCAAUAUAUAAAAAGGCUUAGAGUAUUAAUAUAUAUGAAAAAAUUAAAUUUUAAAUUUAAUCUAAAACUUAAAAAGUGUAGAGUAUCUUGUACGUAGCAGUACUAUAAAAUAUAUAUAAUAUAUUAUAUAAAAAUAAAAUAUAUGUCAAACAUUUUGUCUACCUGCCAUUAUUGAUAAGGUGACUAAAGUUAACUCUUAUACCAAUAAUUAAAUUGAUAUAUGUAUUUUCUGUUGUUAGUGUAAGAAAUAUAUGUUUUGUGUGAUUGUAUCAUACAAAAAUUUGUUAUGUAAUUAUUUUUUUUGUAUUAAACUGAUUACACAAAGCCAAUAUAGUGGAGAUUAUUGUACUUUAAUGUUAUUUGAAUAACUCCUAAAAUUAUGCAAAAAAUUAUAUACAAAAUCAAGAUUGUAUAUGAGUUUAUACAAGCCGUACACAAUUUUUAUUUUUAAUAUAUAUUUUUUUUUGUGUGUUUAAUUUUAAGAGUUAUAUAAGUAAGAUCAAAAUAAAUACUCUCCUCUACAUCGUGAGGCAUCUGUUUUCAUAAACAAAUUUACUGUAUACAAACUGAUUCAUCUAUUAUACAAAAAUGAAAAAUUUUAUGAUUAAAAACAACAAUAAAUGGAUAAGAAAAAAUGUUUUUUUAUUUAAAGUAUUUUACAGACAAUAGUUAAAAAUUAUUAUUAAAUAUUUUACUGGUCAAGAUUAUAUUUUAUUAAAAAGAAGCUUUUUUCAAAUUAAUUAUUAAUUUUUGUGAAAAGAGAUGUCGUGUGAAUAAAUAAUUUAACAUUAUACCUGUAUUGUAUAAAAAAAAUGCAUAUGUUGAAAAUAAUUUUUUAAGCCACAAAAUGAUUUAUUGAAUUGAUAAAAAAAUGUGUUGUGUUAAAAUUCCCAAAUUUAAUCACUUUAUACAAAUUAUUAAUGGCUUUAUGGCUAUUCCCGUAUUAUGUAUAAAAAGUAAUAUAUUAUUGUUUAUUUUUAUCAUUGUUAUUAUAAUAAACAUUGAGUGUUUUGUUAUGUUA